AAGCACGUGCUACCGAACAAGGUGUAUUGAAAUGCAAAAUAACGACGUGGUGUUGUAUUGCUAUUAUCCUGACAACGUUUCCUGCAUCAAAGAAGCUCGAGACGCUACAGAGUCUCUGUUCCUCUACAUUACUGCAGCAGGAGCGGUGAUGCUAACCUUCUUUGGAAAUCUGGUGGUCAUUAUUUCGAUAUCUCAUUUCCGGCAGCUCCACACGCCAACUAACAUACUUAUCCUCUCACUGGCUGUAGCAGACUUUUUAGUUGGAGUUGUUGUUAUGCCAUUUAUGACAAUUCAGUCAAUUGAAACUUGCUGGUAUUUCGGAGAAAAAAUGUGCAUAAUUUAUACGUUAGUUUUAUCAGGUUUGACUACUGCGUCGAUGAUGAAUUUAGCAGUGAUAGCUAUCGAUAGAUACCUCGCUAUUUCUAAUCCCAUGAUGUACGCCAUCAGGGUUUCGGUUCGUUUGACUUGCUUUUGGGCUGUUUCAGUGUGGCUUGUGACUCUUUCUUACGUUCUUACAUGGUUGUUUUUAAAUGGAAACCCCGAAGGACCUAAAGAUUUCGAUCCUUGUCCGGGUGAUUGUGUAUUUGUGUUAAAUUUAACUUGGGGUACAAUAGAUCUUGUUUUUACCUUUAUUUUGCCUGUUUCUGUAAUGGUGAUUCUUUACACGAGAAUUAUUAUAAUAGCAAAGCGGCAUGUAAAAGCAAUCUCAAAACAACAAAGGGUACAUGUGGCCAGAAAAAAUAAUAAUACGACAGCAAUAAAAAAGUCCGAAACAAAAGCUUCAAAAACUUUAGGUAUUGUGGUUUUAGUUUUCCUGCUUUGCUGGUUGCCGUUCUAUAUUUGUACUAUUCUUAAUCAGUUUCUCAGUUACCCAGUCCCUUCCGUUGUAUUCCGUGCAUUUUGGUGGCUGGCUUUUCUCAACUCCGGCAUCAAUCCAAUAAUUUAUGGAUUAUUUUAUCCUUGGUUUCGCAAAUCGUUUAAACUCAUGGUAACAUUUCAGAUUUGUAGUCACGGAUCUUCUCUAAUUAAUCUAAUUUCUGAAAAAUAGGUUCACGAUCGUGUUGCAUAACGACACUCUAAUUAAAAUACAUUGAAAGUGCAAGAGUAAUGCAUUUGGAAGUCGUCGCAUUUUCGCUUAUAAAGUCACUUCUUCUUCUAUUAUCCCAGUCGCUCCUUGUAAGCAAUUUUACCACUGUGAUUGUGAGUCACUUUGGACGAAUGUAGAAAGCACACAACAAUUGUAAAGGCUGCCGUGCCAAACAGCAUCGCAGAUUCACUGAGUCUUAAGAUGUGAGGGGGUUAACUACCCAGUACACCGGCUUCAGCAACAAUUGACUUAUUUUGUACCUAUAAAUUGCCUGUUAGAUCAUUAUUA